UCGCUCACUCUGCUCGGAGAGCUUGGAGUGGUGUGCCAGCGCUCCAGCCGAGGCUCCCGAAUUUGGCAGCAGCAGGCCAGUCUGUUAUUUUGCGCAGUUCGGAAUUGCUACGCUGAUUUACUGCCCGCUGUCAUGCCAGAAAGCUGAAGCCGAGACUAGCGCCAGGAUCUAGGAAAGAUGGAGACCGCGACGGGCUACCAGGACAUCAGCGCCCUGGAAAAAUCGGUGGCCAACGCCGGCACCCAGCUCUACACGAUGGCCCACAAGCUGCACGCGGUGGAGCGCAGCCUCGAGCAGACGACGAUGGAGCAGAUGGACGAGAUGGAGGUGCUCGAGCUGCUCGAGUCGAUGAGCGAGGUGACCAACGAGUACCAGAACCUGCGCAAGGACAUUCGCGAGGUGCAGCAGCUGCAGCGUGACGUCAGCAGCUCCAUUCGCUACCAGAUGCGCAGCAUGCAGCAGACGUUCCACACGCUGAAGCAGCGCAUCGCCAGCUCCCAGAAGGGGCGCAAGAAGCCGGAGAAGCCCGCGGCGGAGCAGGGGGUGGGCGUCAUGCAUAAUCCAUGAGCCUAUUGAUUGGCCUGCCGGGCUGGAGGGCCGACAAAGUGUGUCAAGGGGCGGCGGAGUAGGGACUACGGGGACACCAAUCUGAAGCAAUCAACUGUGCAACUAUAUAUCGCAGGCGCACACGCACACGCACACACCAGGCAUUUAGACUCGAGAGCAGAUCCUAUACCUUAUAUACACACUCGAAGAACCGACACCCAAUUGCAAGCACACCCAAGCGUUCUGGGCUUCUGGGUUCCUGAUCACCGGAGGAGACCAGGGCACAGUGCGAGGAGCAGCCCACACAGACUUCUAGAGUAGGAUGAAUAGCGUACUUUACGACGAACCGAAAUGUCUGAAUGCACUUUCCAAAAUUUGCCUUACAUAAUCGUACUUUGAGCUAGUUUUUGAUACGACACGUUUUAAAUAAUGCUACCAAGCAAACAGUACACACAAUGGCAACCUGUUUUUGGUUAUUCUUGUGUUCGUUUCACGUUUGGAGACUCGUUUGUUGGAUUCUAGCGUAAUAAAGGUGAAGCCCAAACAGAA